GAAUAUCAGCCUGCGUUGUCAUCUGGUGUCAACAAGCAGCAGGAAUGCGGUAUUAAAUUACGACCAAGCAAAACAAUUUUGACGUGAAGAAAGAACUCUAGCAUCACAUAUUAUGCCUGUUUAUUCAACAGAAUUACCAAGCUGCUUUUUUAUCAAGAUCAGAGCGCUGUUAAUAUGCAGCUUGGGUGUUCUAACCGUUGUUCACGGUGAAUCGAUAGAAGGCAAAUGCGUUAGCCUUUCGAAUGGACAUUUCGAUUUCUGCACAAAAGGUGGAUACAACAGCACGCUAUCAUUUCCCAAGGAAUUCACAGCGGAGCGUCAGGCCCAAAUGGCCGAAUUUUUAAUGUUCAUCAUAGAGCAAUGGAGAAAUUGCACAACUACUAGUCUGGCAACAGCUAUGGAAUGUUCGUUUUUCCUGCCCAAGUGCAGUUCGGAGGGAACACGCGUCUAUCCGUGCAGGCGAGUCUGUGGAGAGCUGUUGAAGCAGUGUCAGAAAGACACAGGCGAAUUCCGGGAGCUCUACAUGGACUUGUUUCUAGCCUCGUGUUUAAUUCUGCCAAAUGAAACAGCGAGCAGUGAGAAAUGCUUCGAGCCACCUGGCUUCAGUCCAAAUAACAACGUAUCGAGCCCUCUUGAUCGCGGCUGUCAAAACUUGAUCUUUCCCGCCUGUAAAAACCUGGGUUUAUACAAUCACACCAUCUUUACAGAGUCAGUCCAGAAGAAGCUUUACUAUCUUUUUUACAACAAGACAUACGGCGACGGGCAACUGUUAGAUCAAGGUUUUCCCAUGGUCCUUGAAAUGCAGGUGGCAAAGUAUCCGAAAUGCGCGACAAACAUAAAAAAAUUAUAUUGUGGAGACCUGUUCCCUCCAUGUUUUCCAGAGGAAGGGAGUCCCACAUUUAAAACCUUGUGCAGAUCGGUUUGUAAUGAUAUUCAAAGGGAAUGUCCAGAUUAUUUCGGAGAAAAUUACUUGAGUGCGGAAAUGUGUGCUCUCUUUGCACCGGGGAACACGAGUCAUGGCUUUUGUGAUCGCACAGAAUGGCCUGAACCGUUUUUCUGGCUGACAUAUUUGGGGGAAGAUUUCAACACGGAACCACCAUCAGUGGAACCAACCGAUGAAGGACCUAAAGGGUGGGUCAUUGCCGUGGCGGUCUUGACAUCCCUCAUUAUUGUUGCACUCGGACUGGCUGGGCUCAUCUGGUGGAAGUGGCGUGGAAUCGCUCCUGCUAGCUGGCUAGGUUACAAGAAACAACAAGAUUUUACAAACGAAGAGUAGGAAAAAAUUUUUCAAACACUUGAUAGAUUUUUGCCACAUCAAAGUCCAUAAAAGUUACUUUCUGGACGCCUGAAAGAAUCUGUUAUGUUACUUUCCCAGACGCCCGGAGGAAUUUGGUGUGUCAAAGGGCGGAUUCAGAGAGUUGCCCCGGUCUUUUUUUUUUUUAGACUUGUUUUGUAAUUACAGUUCUUUUGAUUUAUGCUCUUUUUCUAGACUUGUUUUUUAAUUACAGUUCUUUUGAUUUAUGCUCUUUUUCUGUAAUAGGUUUUUUUUUUAUGAGGUUUGAGUUUCUUUGCUUUUAUCAAAAUAUCCCAAGUUAUUCCUUCUAGAACGCCCGCGAUCUUAUCGAGCCCCUUAAUAUAGUGUUGGUGCCUUGUAAAGGAUAAGAAAUGGUCGCGGUUAUGUGUUUAUCGCACCGUAUGACUGCAAUGAAAUAUUUCUCAAAGUA